AUGUCUCACCGUCACGUGCCAGCUUUGCCAGGCCUGCAUCGCUUUGGAUUCACGGCUGCCACCCUGCGUGACCUAGACGCGGAGCUGCAGGCGCUAAACACAACUCGGGAGUUGCAAAGGGAGGCGGGAUCGAGCGCUCUUUCGGAGGUGAAGCGCACGGUCGGAUCGAGCGCUCUUGCUCAAGACGUCUUUGCUCGGCUGCACCACAUCCUCUUUGCUCACGGGCUGUUACCCCUCUCCGAGUGGGGGAGGGAGCGCGUGCCUUCGGGGUGGGGCGUGACCGACUGGAGGCAGCAUCGCAACCGGGUGGUUUUGCAACGAAUCGGCCUGAGCGCCUACUUGCGCUCCGUGGCGGCAGCACAUGUAAGGACCGGGUCCCGCUGCCUCGGAUGGGACGAUGACGAGGAGUACACCCGCCUCCUUCCCGGGUGCGAGGGGUGGGGGUUCUCCUUCCGGGAGAAGCGUCGGCUGGAGCUCGAUGCGCCCGCGAGGCGCGUGCGCGGCGACCUAUGCGUGGCACAGGCCGCGCUGCCCCCUACUGCCACCUUUGAGGCGCCGUUGGACUACUUCCGUUACACGCACGUCGGCGCGUCCCACGUUCUAAAGGCGGCGGGCCUCGCGGUCCGCAGCGUACACCUGGUUGGCGGCAGCGAGCUCACGUCCGCUUGGUUGCUCGGCUUUGGGUCGGGCGACAUGCAACCCCCACAGCUCGACGACGCCUCCAUCCUGCACGAGGUCGACCGGCGCAACAUGUCCAAGCCAAGCGACGAGCUGUUCAUGGCGGUGGGACUGCUUGCGCGAAAAAAUGGCGUCGCCGCCGCGAACGACAAUCGCUGCUGA